GCGGGAGCAGCUGUUCGUAAUCUUGCAGUAAAUGACAUUCAACGGGGUGGGAUCGACUGCUGGAAAGAGAGUCAAGUCCACGCUUUUUCUCAUAGACACAGCAUUGAUACCAAGGAUUUAACGUGUGGACUAAUCCUACUAUUGGAAUAGGCUUUUCCUGGACAUCAUUUGAUUUCCCCUAUUAUAAUCAUAAGGGUUAUACUGUCACACUGCUACGGCACAAUGCCGCAAGUUUCGAAUAUGGCCAGUAAAAACUAUGAUUACGACUACGACUUGGUUCAACCGUACUUCAUUUGCGACGAAGAGGACAAUUUCUACCAUCCCCACCAAGGCCAGCUCCAACCACCGGCACCCAGCGAGGAUAUAUGGAAGAAAUUCGAACUGUUGCCGACACCACCGCUUUCUCCCAGCCGGCGCCCAUCGCUGUCCAGCCUCUUCCCCUCUACGGCAGAUCAACUGGAGAUGGUCACAGAAUUUCUCGGGGACGACGUGGUCAACCAGAGUUUCAUAUGUGACGCGGACUAUUCCAAGAGUUUUCUGAAGUCUUUUAUUAUCCAGGACUGUAUGUGGAGCAGUUUUUCAGCUGCUGCCAAAUUAGAAAAAGUAGUAUCGGAGAGACUUGCAACGCUACAGGCAAGGAGAGAAUCCAGUCAAACGGGGGAGUCGAGUCAUGAAGUCAGCACAAGUCCCAAUGUCAGCUACCUGCAAGACCUGAACACGUCGGCUUCGGAAUGUAUAGAUCCCUCAGUUGUCUUCCCUUAUCCCCUUGCUGAGAAUCCCAAACCCACCCAGACAACUUUAGUCUCGACCAUGGCAUUGCCUUUGGAUACCCCUCCAAACAGUGGCAGUAGCAGCAGCGACAGUGAAUCAGAAGAGGACGAGGAUGAUGAUGAUGAUGAUGAUGAUGAGGAGGAAGAGGAGAUUGAUGUGGUGACUGUUGAAAAGAGAAAGUCUGCAAGGAGGUCCGAUUCUAGCGAGUCUGGUGGCACGGAGUACUUCAGCCCGCUUGUUCUGAAAAGGUGUCAUGUCAACAUCCACCAGCACAACUACGCGGCACAACCGUCAACGCUGAGCGAGCAGCCUGCCAUCAAGCGGAUUAAGUUUGAGAGCAGCGGGAGGGUGCUGAAGCAAUUCAGCCACAACCGUAAAUGCUCGAGUCCCAGGACGUCGGACUCGGAGGAUAACGACAAACGCAGGACUCAUAACGUUCUUGAAAGGCAACGACGGAAUGAGCUCAAGUUGAGCUUUUUUGCUCUAAGGGAUGAGAUUCCAGAUGUUGCAAAUAACGAAAAAGCCGCUAAAGUGGUUAUACUAAAGAAGGCAACCGAGUGCAUUCUCAGUAUGCAGACAGAUGAGCAGAAACUAUUGACUCUUAAAGGGCAGUUGAGGAGAAAGAGUGAAGAGUUGAAACACAGACUUGAUCAGUUCAGAAAUUCUCAGCAGGCCUAAUGAGGGAAAUGGAAGAUAAAGGACUCGUGUUUUAAGCCUUGAACUAACUUGCUGUGUAUAGAUGUGGUGUUGCAUGCAAAUGCAGAGAGAUGACUUAAUUUACCAUAGGUGACCACACACCUGGACUGGAAUUAUGAUAUGUUGACUAUUUCAAUGCCUCACUUGAAACUUUCCUAGAGGAUUUCAAUUUAUUUGUAUUUAAUUAUUUUUAUUAAGGAGUUUUGCAAAUUGCAUAAUUUAACUUAAAAUGCUUUGUUUUUGUAUAUAAUACUCUCAAAUGUAUUGAUCUCACAUACAUUUUAUAAAUCCUGUAUGACAGCAGUCAUGUGUCCUAACUCGAAUUGAUAAACAAUGCUACAAAACAGCUUGUUGUAAUGGCACUACUUGUGCAUUCAUUUCUUCACUCAAGGCCUUUUAAAUAUGGUCACAGAGCCUCUACGUCUGCCUCUAGUCAUGUGAACGGAAAAAAUGCAGAAUGAACUGCACAGCCAUGUGCACUCCACAUGAUCCUCUAAUGGGCGCACACUCACAGACGCCCCACCUCCUCUCUAGACCACGCUGGAAGGUAGUGCACCAAGGAGGGGGAGGGGAACUGGGUUCACUCCAGUUCUGCCUGGCAGUUGCUCAGCUUUCCCCCCCAUGGUUUAUAGUCCAUUUCAUCAAGAUAAUAUUGUGGAAAGUGUCAGUUAGUUGCAGUUAACCAGAGGACGUUGGACGCUUGUGUUACAGCUUUGAAGAUAAUUCUUAUAUAACCAGUACUCACUCCAUGGCUCUAUCAGCACCCAGUUGGCAGGAUCUUAAAUGACUAAUCCUUACGUCAGGUGCUUGCCUGCCCUACAUCCCAGACUGCAAGGAGAACUUGGGUGUAGGGGUUGACAAACUGCAAAAGGCUGAGUCAUAAUCCUGUGUGAAUACAAUUUUCCAAAGCACAUCUUUAUCUGCCACAUAUGUUUGAUGUUUAGGAUGAGGUGAAGUAAAAUGUGGGAAAACAAUGCAAGAGGUCAACAAACCAAUUAUCUGUACUUGCUAUUAUAGUCUAGUGCAUUUUCAGGGGAUUCAGUCACUUCAUAAGGCAAUUCUAUCGAAACAAAAUUAAACACUAAGCUUUAUGAAUGUUUGGUCAUAAAACCACUUCAGGCUAAAUCAAAUAUUUUGAUGCCAAAUGUUCUUAAGAACUGGAAAAUGUAGGCCUAUUCAUUUUCUUUUGACUCUUGGUUCUGUCUAAAUGAUCUUUUUCAUUCUAUCAGAUAAUAGCUCUCCAGGCCCAUGUUUCUGUUUCGAAAUGAUAUUACAACUACUUUUACCAGAUGAAAGACCUUCACACUUCUCCACACCUCCUUUUUAAGUGGCCAUUAAUUAAAGAUCCUAAACCUGCUACUAAUCUGAUCAGAACACCUUGGUGUCUGCAUCUGUGUUCGUGGGCAGACGGCAGCUUUAGUUUUUUUUUUAUUCCUUGAAUCACCUAACAUUAAGUCAUUGUAUUGCCACUCGUCAGCAUACUGCUAGCUGAUAGUAAUUUCCUUUCAUCAUUUGCCCGAAACAUAUUUUCUCUCCACUUCACCUCCCAGGUGAAAACUGUCUGGAAGAUAUCACUAAAAUCAUGAUUAGGGGCAUGGGCCCUGUCCUGACAACUUUCAAAAUCAUAGAAAAUAUUUAGAGAGCAAAUGAUUCAAAGUUGUAUUUCAACACAAUACACUGAAAUAUAAAAAAAGGAUACGUUGAACUGGUCGGACAUUGUAAGUCACAUUUCAUACUCAACUGAGUCAUGUCUGUGUCUUUCAAAAGGCUCCACAUCUCACCUGUAUUUACUUACCCAUGUCAUUAAGUCAGUGUAAAGGGAUAUGACUUGAUGAAUCCCAGGUUGCAAUAUGCAACAUGCAAUUUGCAAUUGUUCUAUAUGAGGUCAGUGAACACAAGAGGAGGUGGAAAGUGCAUAUGAGUUUGUGCUUGAAGACAGGGAUUAUCUAAAGCACUACUUUAAAAUGAUUUUCCGUAGAGGUCAGUCCUCAUGCAAGAUGGGGUUCUUGUCUAUGGAGACAUGGAAUCGAAUCGGUCAUAUAGCACAGAGAACUAGCAGCUAUGGUGGCUGAUAUCAAUAGGUGGCUGUUACACUCACAUCAUAGGGAGAAAAAGUAAAGACAGCAGCAUCUUCACACAGGUUUACCUACACAGUAUGCCCAUAUUAAUGCUGUAACAAUCAUAUUUACAGAUAUGGUUGUCAUGUUUUUGUAACAUCAA